AUGCCUGAGCUAUUAACCGUCCAACAGGUGGAUCCAUGGCUGCAGUUCAAUCCGUACAUUGUCUCCGGCUAUCGUCCUCGCAUGACUAUUCGUGCCGCGUUGCGUUCCUUUUUUGGCUGGCACAACGAAUCGUUCAACAUCUGGACACAUGCCAUCGCUGCGUGCUUUGUGUUUUACCUGACGCUUUUCCCGCCCGCCAUGGACCCCACGGCCACGACCACGACCACGACCACGACGACCAGCGUUGGUAGUGGUGGUGCCGGUGGCGUGACUGCGAUGGCCGCCGCCGCCUUGCCGUCGUAUGGGCGCCGAUGGCUGGGCACGAGCAACGAACAUCUCGCUGGCGCAAACCCCACCACGGCAUUUCGCGCCACCUGCCUCGUGUUUAUUGCGAUAUUCAUCUGUAGUGUGGUGUAUCAUCUUUUCAUGCCCUGUCCCACCUCAGAGGUCUCGUACCGACGCCUGAUGAACUGUGACGUGACUGGCGUCGUCCUGUGCAUCACUGCCACCUCGUGGAGUUUUCUCUACCGCGGCAACGCGUGCAGUGCAGGCUGGACCUCGCACGCAGGCUUUGGGGCAGUGCUUCUGUCCGGCCUGUUUGUGCUCUACUGCGUCCUGUUUAAUGCGACCUGUGGGGCGAUUGGUCGUCUUAAGGCGAUUGGGUUUCAUUGCGCCCUCCGCCUUUCGGUUCUCCUGUGGAUCGAGCUUCCCAAGGUGCAGUCCCAGGGCUACCACCAGGCGCUUCACUGCCAUGCGAUGAGCUACGUGUUUAUCGCGCUGGGCGGGGUCAUUGGUGGGUUUCGGUUCCCCGAGCGACAGUUGCGUCGCGUCACGCAGCCGCAGCCGGCGUCCUCCGCCGCGGAGGCGACCGCCACGUCACGCUUUUGGCGGUGGGUGGGGCGCUUCCUGGUGUCAAGCGAGGAGAUUGACUACAUGUGGAACAGCCACACGCUCUGGCACUACUGCAUCAUGCUGAGCACAACGAUGAUGCUGCUUGGCUUCUACUACGACGUGGAGGAGUAUGAGUUGGCGCGCUGCUGA